GAUACCAUACAGCGCGAUGAACUAGAAAUAUGCAAAAGGGAUGGUCUUUCCAUAUGGGAAUGUACAAAUACAUUCGGUUCCUUUAAAUGCAAAUCAUUUGAGGGUAUUCAUAGACAAGAUCUAUGACCAAUUUGAUUGUAUCCCUCUUCCUGUCUCAACCAAAGAAGCGAGUAAGCUGAUGAGGUGCUUCAUGGUAUAGUUCAGUGGCCAAGGAAUGCAAUUAAGAUCAUUCAGUCCUCACAGUUCAAGCCAAAUGUUGAACAAGAUAAACAAUGUUUCCUCUCUACCGGUAGCUAUCGACUCGCAACCUCGCAUAACUAAGAGUGUGCAAGUGAUCUCAAAGGGUGUUCUGAAGAAGACCCAGCCAACAAAGGCAAGUUUGAUACCACAUACUUCUAAUAAGCAAGUCGAGCUAGAAAAAAUGCCCCUACUCAUGAGAAGAAUGUAUAGAUAUUUGAUGAAUUGUGAAGCUCCUUAUGAUGCGAUUUAUGUUGAAGCCGAACUAGGGAUCCUUGGAGCUAAGAAAAUUGAAACAUACAUUUACCCCGAGGAGAUUUUACGUCUGUUAGUAAACAGUGGCUUGAUAUUAGUGUCAUAACUUGGUUUCAAAUCAUGUUACAUUCAAUGCUUGAAACAUGUGGUGGGAAUAAAGUGAACAAAUGUGCUUUCAUUUCCCGGAGUGAGAUUCAGGCAAUGGUAUGUGAGUCAAAUUGUGAGGGUGUUGUAAGUUACAUUGUUGAUGCAAUGCGCUUCCAUGAAGACAAACAGUUUUUUGUCGCACCCUAUUGGCAAGGAUUGCAUUUGAUGCUGCUAGUAAUCUGCCCUAACCAAGGCAUAGGGUAUGUCUUGGAUUCUCUAAAAAAUCCGAAUGAGAAGCCCGUGGAGAACUACAUAGUCGUGAAAUAUGUCGAAGAGGCUGUGGAAAGGCUUAAGGAAGAUAUCGACACAACAAAUUCAAUGAAUUGGACACUCGUUGAGUGCAACCAACAACCAUCAGGUUGGGAGUGCGGUUUUUACGUCAUGAGAUGGAUGUUUGAGUUCGUGUUGACUCGACAAAAUGAAUUCCCAAACAAAAACAACUAGAACGAUAAAAAUCCGUUUCCGGAUUGGGUGUUAAAUGAAAUCAUCGUUAUGUAGAGUUCAAGGUUUGAGAGUAAGUAUUUGAGUCAAGUGCCCCUUUGAAAGGUAUGUGGCUGCAAUUAUGGAGUUUGACAUCUACCAGAUGCAUCUAUUUGUCUUUUUAUAUAUUUAAUUUUCAUUGAUUAGGAUGGAAAAAUUUGGUUUAUUGCAAAUUAUGUUUGAAUUGGAUAUUGUUAAUUUUAGAAAUUAAUGACUAAUCAUGCUUUUGUUU